AUGGUCGAGUUGAACGCAACACAAGAAACAGAACUCGACGAGCUCGAAGACGACUAUCAGUCAGACGACGAUCCUAACGUGUUCAGAGUCAGAGAUGCAUUAACACCGCCGUCUGCAAUGAGCUACUCUGCGCAAGACUUACAAAUCAACAAAACCCCUCGCAAUUUGACGUAUAUUAAACAACAACUGCUCUCAGACGUCGUUUGGCCAGAGACAAAGCAAAUUGGUCUCAUCGACUCUAUCUUUCGAAACUUCUACAUCCCCCCUGUGAUAUUUGCCGUGACUAAAGAUGAUGACGGGGAGACCGUUCGUAUUUGCGUGGAUGGGAAACAAAGGCUCACGUCAAUACAAAAGUUUCUUGACGGUCUGGUGAAUCGAGACGCGCGCACGAAGAAGAGCUACUGGUUCGUUCGUUCCGAGAAGCAGAAGACUACACGCUUAGAAAUACCAGAAGAGUGGAAACGACGGUUUGCAGAAACCAGAAUUACGUGUGUCGAAUAUCAUAACUUGUCCCCUGAAAUAGAGCGUGAAAUCUUCCAGCGGGUGCAGCUUGGUGUGCAAUUGACUGCCGCAGAGAAACUUCAAGCGAUUUCUUCGCCAUGGGCUGAUUGGAUCUCGGACCUCGAGCUGCGUCAUGUGAAUGUAGACAACAAGGGACUAGCCAGUGUCCUCGAGUGGGACACUACACGUGGAAGAGACUUCCAAUGCAUUGCACAGCUAAUCUAUUGCUGUGAUGGCCUUCCAGACCGCCUGCUUCCCACAGCCCAGAAACUAGAGAAAUGGCUGAAGCGGGUGGACAACCCACCACCGACGUUCAUGACCCAAAUCAACGAUGUACUGUCGGAGUUUUGGCACAUCGCAACAAAAAAUGAACUCAACGCCGCUUUCACCGAAGUUGACAAGCGCGUCGCGCCUGUUGAAUUUGUAUUCGUUGGCGUCAUCCUUUACGUUCUUCGGGAUUACCCAAGUAAAGACAAAGCAAAUGCCAUCUUACAUAUGCGUUUAAGGAUACGAGAACAAUUCCGCGACGUUCGGAACAAUGGUCUUGUGGGAAAGGCCUUGUGGAAUUUCGUUGAUAGCAUAACUGGACCGUCGAAGUUGAAAGUGCUGGACGCGAGCUCUCAAAUGCUGACGAUGCCAUCUACUUCCACGGGCACGAAGCGAAAGAGGAAAGGUUCGGAUGCCGAUGAUGACUAUCAUCCCUCGCCAAUCAAGAGUCUAGGCGCGAAGGCAAAAACGCGCUCAUCAGGCAGGAAGUGAUUGUCUCAUGGUGUCGUGAUUUAUAAGGAUAUUAGCUGCAGAGGCUUACAGUAAUACUAUUUACCAUGAUCAUACGCAUGCCUGCUGUAAAUAGUAUACUAUAGUAAAUUUCAGUUGUUGUAGCUUACUCUCGCAGUGUACCAUACUCCCUCGC